AUGGGCAUGAUCAUCUUCAUCAUCGCCUCGGGCCUCACGCUGGUGUUCGGCCUCAUGGACGUGCUGAACUUCGGCCACGGCGUGUUCAUCGCGCUCGGCGCCUUCGUGGCCACCACGGUGCUGGCCAGCAUGACCAGCUACACACAAGCCGACAGCCUCUGGCUCAACCUCAUGGCCUUGUUGCCCGCCAUGCUGGUGGCCAUGGCCGUGGCCGGCGCGCUGGGUUGGGUAUUCGAGCGCCUGAUCAUCCGCCCGGUGUACGGCAUGCACCUCAAGCAGAUCCUCAUCACCAUGGGCGGCAUGAUCAUCGGCGAAGAGAUGAUCAAGGUCAUCUGGGGACCGGGACAGAUCGCGCUGCCGCUGCCCGAGAGUUUGAGGGGCUCCUUCAUCCUGGGCGACGCGGCCGUGGAGAAAUACCGCCUGCUCGCCGUGCUCGUGGGCGUGGCCGUGUUUGCCGCCAUGGUGUGGACGUUGAACCGCACCAAGGUCGGUCUGCUGGUGCGCGCCGGUGUGCAGGACCGCGAGAUGGUCGAGUCGCUCGGCUACCGCAUCCGCCAGCUGUUCAUCGGCGUGUUCGUGGUGGGCAGCGCGCUGGCCGGCCUGGGCGGCGUGAUGUGGGGCCUGUACCAGCAGACCGUGUUGCCGCAGAUGGGCGCGCAGGUCAAUGUGCUGAUCUUCAUCGUCAUCAUCAUCGGCGGCCUGGGCUCCACCACGGGUGCGCUCAUCGGCGCGCUGCUGGUCGGCCUGAUGGCGAACUACACCGGCUUCCUGGCACCGAAGGUCGCGCUGUUCUCCAACAUCGCGCUGAUGGUCGCCAUCCUGCUGUGGCGGCCGCAGGGUGUCUACCCGGUCACAAACCGUUGA